AUGGCGAAAGGUGAUAAAGAACUAGAAAAACCUAUAGUGAAUAAUGAAUUACCAAAUCCAGAAUGUCGAAGUACAGAUCCUGAGGAUUCAGAAUCAGCGCAGGAACAGCCUUUAGAUAUUGGGGAGCAUUAUUUAGUGCGGCGUUCCGAUGAGUCAUGGCACCCGGCGGAGAUAAUACAAACGCGGUACAAUGCCGCUGAUUCUUGCUAUGAGUAUUAUGUACACUAUGUGGGCUAUGAUCGACGUCUUGACGAGUGGGUUUCCCGCCAUCGGGUUAUGUCCGAUAGGUUUGACGUGUGUGAACAAUCUAAUAACAAUAUAAAUUCAGAUCAUCUUCUUACCGACAAAUCAGGACGUAAAAUAACACGCAAUCAAAAACGUAAACAUGAUGAAAUCAAUCACGUACAAAAGUCAUACGCCGAAAUGGAUCCGACAACAGCAGCUCUGGAGAAAGAGCAUGAAGCAAUUACAAAAGUUAAAUACAUAGAUCGGAUUCAGAUAGGUAAAUAUGAAAUAGACACUUGGUACUUCAGUCCGUACCCUGACGAAUACGGUAAACAAUCCAAACUAUGGAUAUGUGAAUAUUGCCUAAAAUAUAUGAGAAUGGAGAAGACUUACAGAUAUCACCUAAGUGAAUGUACAGCUAGACAACCACAGGGAAGUGAGAUUUACAGAAAAGGAACAAUAGCAAUUUUUGAAGCAGAUGGUAAAGAACACAAAAUUUACUGUCAAAACUUGUGCUUACUAGCGAAGUUGUUUUUGGAUCACAAAACAUUAUAUUUUGAUAUAGAGCAAUUCCUUUUUUAUAUACUAUGUGAAGUAGAUAAACAUGGAGCUCAUCUUGUGGGUUACUUUUCAAAGGAAAAGGAUUCACCAGAAGGAAACAAUGUAGCCUGUAUACUAACUUUACCACCUUACCAAAGACAGGGUUAUGGAAAACUUUUAAUUGCUUUCAGUUAUGAAUUGUCAAGGUUAGAACAAGUAGUUGGCAGUCCCGAGAAACCAUUAUCUGAUUUGGGUAAACUUAGUUACAGGUCAUAUUGGUCUUACGUACUGUUGGAAGUAUUAAGUGCAAGUAGAGGCACUUUAAGUAUCAAAGAUCUAAGUCAAAUGACAGGUAUAUCACAAACCGAUAUAAUAUCAACCUUACAGUCCAUGAAUAUGGUAAAAUAUUGGAAGGGACAGCAUGUAAUCUGUGUCACUCCAAAGAUAGUUGCUGAACAACUGGCUAGUUCUCAUUUCAAGAAACCGAGGUUGUCAGUAGAUCCCUCCGCCUUAAGAUGGACCCCACCAAACAAACAAGGAAAUUCAGCUAAAGCUAAGAAGUAG